AUGAUGUUUGAAUUUGUGUAUGAAUAUGGUCGAGGCGACAUAAAAUAUGACCAAGAUGCGGCACCUUGGUUACAGAAGAAACCAGAUUUAAGGUGCUCUUCACGACCUCAGACCUUACAGCUUGACGUUCCACCAGACCACUCCCCCAAACCAUUCCCAAAACAACUUUGGAGCUAUAUGUCACGCAAGAUAUUUUUGGAGUACUUGAUCUCUAAAAUGCCAUCAUAUAACAGUGUGACUAUGGCUGUUCAGUAUGCUGCAUAUGGGACGUUAUUUCCCAUUUUACUUCCUGUCGAAGGUGCAUUUUCACCUUCUACACGUACAAGAUUUUUUAGCAUUUCGGAAAGUGUGUGUUCCAUAAUUACUAUAUAUAUCAUAACUCUUUGUAUAUGGUUUGGGGGGAGUGGUCUGGUAGAACGUCAAGUUGGGCUUCUCAAGUACCCGCCAACAUUUAGGACCUUGGCAGUGCUUGAGAAGCCCCUAACCAGUUUAUUCCCACGUGUAUUGGGGCGAUCUUGUAUCGUAUAA